AUGGCUCAGGAGCAGAAAAUGGAUUCCGGUCACUCCACCGUGGAGGUGGACCGAGCUGACCUUCCCCAGGACAAGAUCGACCAGCCGAUUGCACCAGAUCAAUUCGACGAGAGAUACCGCACCACCAAGAUGGAAAUCUGGGCUUAUUAUGCCUAUUAUAUCGGAAAUAAUGGCCUGUCGCUAUUCAACUUCGCGCCAACUGCUUUCCAAAAUCUACUUUAUCAAGCAGCGCCCCCUGAUGGCCUGCUCACCUUUAUAGGCAGACCACGCACCAUCAACAGCAUUGUCCUCCUCUCAAAUGGAAUAUCCUUCGCGAUUCAAGUUGUGGUUUUUCUGCUGAUUGGCAGUUUCGCCGAUUUCGGCUCCUGGCGACCCAAUAUCUUGAUCGGACUAUCAAUCGUUGCAUACGCCGUUGGAUUUGGCUGGUUGGGCGUGCACACCUCGGACAAAUGGCAUGUCGCAGUCGGUCUGUACAUGGUCGGUUUGAUCGCCUACCAGACGACACUUACAUUUUGGACCGCCGCGUUUCCGGGCUUGGCUCGUAAUACCCUCGAGCUGAAGGAGAAAGCCGACGCAUAUGUGGCAGGGACGAUCACACGUGAUGAAUAUAACUAUGCCGACACCAUGAUGCGCAGCAAACUGGCAAAUGUAGCCUUUUAUGUCCAGUCUGUUGCGGAGAUAUUCAUUCUGGCAAUUAUUGUGGGCAUUAUGUUUGGAUUGAAUGUCAAUGCAAGCGAGAGCAAUAACAACUGGGGGUUGAGCGUACUGAUCGCUUUCGUCUCCGGUGUGUGGUUGCUUGUUUCGAUUCCAUGGUUUAUUCUCGAGAAACGUCGUCCCGGCCAAGACUCUGGGAAACGGUCUGUAUUUGUUGCUGGUCUGUGGCAGCUAUGGGAUGCUCUACAGCAGAUCUGGCACUUGAAGCAGAGUUUACUCUAUUUAAUUGUCCCGGCUAAAGGUUAUUUCCUACUUGGAGACUCCCUCAACACCACUGUGACUGUGAUUGGGACUUUACAGAAUCAGAUCGUUGCUUAUAAUACGCUAGAGCUGACUUACCUACUUAUCGUUGGUAUUGCCGCACAGGCGGUUGGAAUCUAUGCAUUCUGGGAAAUUCAACAGCGCUUCAGGCUCGGAACCAAAACCAUGUUCAACGCCAUUGCCAUUGGGAUCAUCUUGCUUGAUGGCUGGGGUAUGAUCGGUAUCUGGACCGAUAAAUUUGGCUUCCACAAUUCAUGGGAAGUUUGGGUCUACCAAGCCUUCUACGGUCUUUUCAUCUGCCCCUGGUACAGCUACUCUCAGAUCAUGAUCUCUGAAGUCACACCCCGCGGCCAUGAAUUCCUCUUCUUCAGUCUCUUCAGCAUCAUCGGCAAGACUUCGUCUUUCAUUGGCCCUAUAGUGUCAAGUGCGAUAAUCGACGCGACUCCAUCAGGAAAUGCCUCGACGCCAUUCUACUUCUUAUUUGCGUUGAGCCUUGUCAGCUUUUUGAUCUUGUUCUUUGGCUUUGACUUGAAGAAGAGCCAGGAAGAGCAGGAAAGGUUCCUGGUCGACAAGCUGCGUCGAUGGAAGGCCAGUGAUCUGUCAUCAGAAGAUGACAGGAGCUCGGCAACGGUUUGA